AUAAAAUAUCGAUCCUUACCGUAUUUACUAUUUACAAUGGCUACAGAGCUAGAGACAGACAUUCAAUCAGAGGCUGGAAAAUGCUCCAAGAAGAGACGAAAGAGAAACAGAUUCAUCAAGCAAGGCUACCAUAGGUCUGAGAGAGAUGAUGCUCGAAGAGUAGCAGCUAGAACAUUCUUAUUAGGUAUACCAUUGGACAAUCAGACACAGUACAACUUCAGUCCUAGUGAGAGCUUCCAGUCUCAGCUAGAGUCACAGAAUACACUCCUCACACAAGGCCCACCCCCACACAAUGUCACGAUAGAUGUCAUCCAACGUACACCGGCAAAUCACGACAUUCUGGGAUCUCCGAAAUACUCACAUAAGAAACUUUCUCCUAUUCAUCUCUCUCACAGUCUCGGUCUCGAGUACUCCCCACCUGAUCGUGUAUUCUAUGAACCCAACGAUUCCUUUGCUGACAGACGAUAUUCGACUGUUAACGAGCUAGGAGGGAGUGUGUGUGUGUGUCACAACCUCACCAGGAUACCCCCCACGAUGCUACUGGACAAGUGCCUCAUGUUCACCUGUGGAGGGAAUUCCCCCUCUUCCCCUGGCUCUGUGUUUGCAGUCACCUCUGUAAUAUCCUACAAGAGAGAGGAAGAACAAGACGUCCCACUGAGGACCAGGGUUAGAGCCAACAGCAUGUCAUUGCAGAUUGACCUCGAUGUUGACCUCGGGACCACCUCUAGUGACAAUAUAGAAGCGUCUCUUGGCUUCCUGUUCCAGCCUCUAUGGGUGAGCGAUCACACGACCUCUGACCUUACACCUCCACUUCUACGCAAGCUGAGUGCCAAGAAGGACCGCCUCUCAGACCCUCAACCAAUCAGAGCCUACCAUUGGAAGUCUGCCGCCCACCAGCCGAUCAUGAAAGGGGUGUAUCCGUGGGCGUUCUUUAAGGAUAACCACACCCCUGCUCAUGUGAUCAUUCGCUACCAUCCACAGUGCCUGGAUAACUCAGAGUAUUUUGUGGGGAGUCAGACCCAUUCAUUUCUGCUGGAGGGCAAGCGGGUCUCCAUUAUCCAAUACGCUCGUCCCUGUGAUAUCAAGAAAGCCAUCAAUGACCAGUUUGCCAUCGAGUUCCCCUACAUAAGAAUAACCCUCUCUAAGCUGCGGAGACUCAAGCGUGAUAUGCACAAAGCAGCUGAAGAGUGUGAUGUUGAUUUGGAGGCCGUGGCCUACUCUUAUGUGUACUUUGAGAAGCUGAUCCUCAUGGGGAAAAUCAACAAAGCCAACAGGAAAAUAAUCGCAGGAGUCUGUGUCCUGCUAGCUGCCAAGUUCUAUACUGAUGUGAGACAGAAAGAUAUCAAGAAUUUUGUUGAACGACUGGCGGACCAAUUCCAUCUCUCCACGAAGGAGUUAAUCCUCUAUGAGCUCCCUGUUCUUGUGUCCCUCCAGUUCUCCCUGCUAGUGCCUUACUACCAAGCUCACCCUCACUUGCUAGCCCUCAGGGACUCUGAGCUAGCUCUCAAUUGACACAACAAUCUGUCUCUUGAUACUACCUAGUGUGUUGUCAUCAUGUGUGCAUUUUAUCCAAUACAUUUGGUGUUGCUAGGUGAUACGUCAAGUCAUGUG